UGCGUUCAAUACUGGGAGGACAGAAAAUCUAUUCAUAUGAAAAUGUGUUGCAAAUAGACGACAUCCGGAGGGGACGGAAUGGCAUACUUUCGUUAACAGGGACCAGUUUCCUCGAGUCUUGGGCUGUGAUUAAAACAUAAACAAGAUAGAAAAUAAUAUUCGAGAGUGGGGAUAACAAAGAUCAUUAUGAAAGAGAUGAGGAGAACCUGAGACAAUGACUGUGGAAAAGCAAAAACACAUUAAAAAUUUGAUGACCCAGGCUAUUAUAGAGCUGUGUCGAAACCAGAUCAGUCACCAUGCAUGCCUCGUCAUCGAAGGCACUGUGUGUGUGUCAUCAGACAGCGGUGAUGUCCAGAUUGUUCAGAUCACUGAAGUAGUGAAAAAGGGAAAUGGGACAGGGCGUAAACCUGGAACUAGUAGCCUGAGUCCAGAAGGGGGUGUAGAAGCCUCCUCUUUGACUACCUCACAAGGCAAAGCUCUACAGAAUGGCAUGGCAUCUCAGGGACCAGCGCCGCAGAUGCCAUAUUUCCCAGGCCCCAUGGGUCACCCGCCUUUCAUCAUCCCAGUCUCUGGGCAGUAUAUGCACAGCCCACCAGGUGGACCGCCUCCUCUCAUCAGCGCCUCUUGUCGACGUCGUAACAGCCAGACAGUGAGUCCAUCAUAUCUGUCACCAGAUGGCACUGCGAGUGGUGGUGCCACAGAUGGCUCCAUUCGGGACCUCUUGAGAAGACCAUCUCAAGGUCAGCAACAACAACAGCAGGGCCAGAUGAGCCCCAUGAGUUCACCAGGGCACAGACCCCCUCAUGUGAUGCCUCCACCUUUGCUGAGCCCAUCCCAGAUCAGAGCCCAGGUGGACCAGGUAAUGUUUCCAGUGAAUAUGUAUCUGAGAGGCCCUACCCCUUACAGUCCCCACUUUCCCAUGAAUGCCAGGGGCAGUCCUGCAAGCGAAGGAGGUGAGGGCAUGGAAAUUGUGGCACAGGAUUUGCGUAGGAAGGAUUUGGGUGGUGGGCAGUCGGGUCAAAAAGAUGACUUGCAAGCUGCUCACUUUCCGCCUUCCAGUAACCAUAGCAAUGCAGGGUCUGAGGAUAGGAGGGAUAGAAGCCUCUCUACAGACACAGAUGCUGACAGCAAUCUGGUGAUCGAUAUUAAGCAGGAGCCUACUUCUGACGAGGAGGGUCAGUAUAUGCAAGAAGAGGGGAAUCAGCCGAAGGGCAAUAGUGUCAGGCACAAUGGCCCCAUGGAAUCUGUCUACGAGGCUGGACAACAACAACCACAGCAGCAGGAUGAAGAGAUGGAUGAUCAAGGCUGUCUUGAUUUGAGUCAGAAGAGCAGCAGCAAAGCCGCCAACAGCUCCAAGUCUCUGCACCAAACCAUUGCUAGCCUGAAGCAGAAACUACAAAAGAAGACCAGCAGCAGCAGCCAAGGUGGUUCAGCUCCUUUAUCUAUUUCCGACAAUGUAAACGCACAACGUUGCAGCAGCAACAACAACAACAAUAAUAACAACAAAAAUGAUACAUUCCCUAAUGCCAGUCCUGUUUCUCUGGACUCCAGUAUCAGUAACGGACCUGUCUUGCAACAGAGUGAGGGGAACGGCAGCAACCCAGCUUCUCUCUCCCCAUCAACAGUAGGUUCGAGUUCGGAGAAGAAGGACGGGGGCACAGAAGGCCAAGGUGGAGAGGAUGAAGGAUUUGGCUGCACAAUAUGUGGCAAGAUGUUUGAGCAGAAAUCUCUGAUGGAACGUCACUAUUUGACCCAUGACCCAGAUAUAGUGGAUGCCGACAAAAGUAUUGACCUCGAAUCCAUUCCAUACUACCUGUGUGAGUACUGUCACAAGAAGUUCCGCUUUAAGAGCCGCUACAAUGAGCACAUCCGUACACACACAAAGGAGAAGCCUUAUGUAUGUCCUGUGUGUAGCAAAGCCUUUUCCUAUAAAGGGGAUCUAUGCAAACAUAUGCCUGUCCACUCCCAAGCUAAGCCCUACGUCUGUGAGCAGUGCAAUGCUGGCUUUUCUUUCAGCAGCAGCUAUAACAAGCACAUGCAGAAAUACCACAAUGUCAACCGUGUAAGGCAAAGAGGCAACAACGAUCAGUCCAAGACAUAUCCCUAUGAGUGCCGCAUAUGUCACAAGCGUUUCAAAUUCCAGAGUCUACUGGAACGUCACCUGGUGAUCCAUGAAAAUUCUGGAAGCCAGCAAAUUGGGAUUGCACACUUUCAGUGCCAGUAUUGCCUGAAACGGUUCCGGUUCCGCUCAACUUUUGUUGAGCACAUGCGUUCACACACUAAGGAGCGCCCAUUCACAUGUCACAUCUGCGUGAAGACCUUUGGCUACAAGGCGGACCUGCAGAAACACAUGCGCCUCAAGCAUGCUGACCUGGAUUAUAUGAACCACCACUAUCAGUACCUUGGCCCAGACGCUGUGGGCUACAUGCAGGGUUUUGAAGACUACACCCCAGGUGCAGGACUGCAGGAACCAGAGAGCCCGUUGGAGGCCGAGUCCCCAUUGCCUCCAGAGUUAGCACCUAUGGACGGGGAUUCGUCACAAGAGGCUUCAUCAUCACAAGGUCCUCCCACUCCCGUGCCUGACUCUCAGCCAGUGUUUCCAGGCAUUGAGAGGGAACAGCCAGUAUUCCCCACAGCAGCAGAAGAUAUGGAUACACAAGAUGGGCCACAGUCACCACCGCAAGCUCAGCAAAUCAGUGCCACCUAGGUGGGAGAGGCCAAUGUCAAGGUCAUUCCAUGAUCUUAGUUUUUAGAAAAAAAUUAAAAGUGCCUUUUGGAGGUUUGAAAGUUUCUUUAAUAAAAAUGAUAAUAAGGUCAGUAGUUAUGUACAUUCAAAAUUUUAUUCGCUCAUUUUGAAAGGUUUACUUUUUGUUCCUGCUUUAGUGUCAAGUGUGAAUGUCUAUUGUAGACUCUUUCUUUAACAAUUUAAUUGUUCAAUUUGUUAUACAUUUAAAUAACUAAUCAUUCGAGGAUAUAUCUUGCAUUCUAUAAAUUGAAGGUUUGAUGGAUUUUAUUUUGAUGAAUCAUUGGUAUCGACAUUUAACCUUGUGUGUUUGACACUUUUUUGCCUUAUGGUUCAUGUAUAUUGGGAAAUAUUGAUAAUGCUAUAGUGGUUAAGUGUGAUUUAAGUGUCAGAUUUAAGUGCCUUGCUUUAUCAGAGAUGCAGUGCCUAUAAGCUUUGGUAAGUUUCCAUUAUGGAAAAGAGAGGUUGUCAGCUUUUUCUUUGACUGUUGAUAUAUUGCCGAAAGGUUUUCUGCAGAUACCUCUUCCAAGAUGAGAAGCUCUGUUUGUGCUUUAGAUUAGGGUUUUAUUUAUUAUGAUAAAAAGAAAACAAAAUUAAAAAGAUAUAAUUUAAAUUUUGGAGAUUUUGAGACUGAACCAGAAAAUGAAGACAUUUACUUUUAUUUUUGAUAAAGUAUAUGAAAAUGCGAGGCAGAGUGUGUGAAUUUUGAUUUUAAAAAAUAUUCAGAUAUUCCAUUCCUUGCAGACAUUGUCUUGAAGAUAAAGAUUUUAGUAAUAAGACAGACACAUUUGAUUUUAUAUUACAUCAUUUUUCAGUGUAUAUAGACCAAAUAUAAAAUCUUUGCCCGUACAGAAUUUAUCAAGAUCUAAAAGCAGUUGUAAUUUUCGUACAUACCAGAAGUAUUUUUGCCAAGGCCAGUUAGUGAUGGUUACAUUAAUCUAAAAAUGGUAUAUUUAUAUUGUUUUUGAUAACCAUCCAAAAAUACACUUUUUUAGUCAUACAGUGAAACCCGGUGUCCAUUGACUAAAAAUGUUCCAAAGGAUUUUAAUCCCUGCUUUAAGUCCUCUGCUGACAAAGUAAAAUUUUGGGGUAGCAUAUAGUCACUGGAUACAUCAAACCACAAUUAUGGUAUAUUGGCAGGUAUAUUUGACUGCUGACAAAGCUUUCAUAUAAGUGACAGUUUUAACCAUCAGCUUCACCAAUCUAAUAAAACAAUGUUUCUGGAAAAUGUGUCACUACCAAAUAUAUCUCAUCUAAAUUAGAUUUGUGGGGAUUACAAAAGGUGUGAGUGGAAUCAUCCCUUGUAAUAGUCUGGUCAUACGUUCAAUUCCUAAUCAAAAUUAAGUUUUUUAAUUCUGAUAGCUAUUAGCUUCAAGUUGAUAUAUGCAGAGUUGAACUUGAUAAUUCAUUGGAUUAUGGCUUCAUUUUUUUUUUCAGUUUAAUCUAAUUUUUUACGACUGAAGUUUAAGGCAUUAAUUUAAGAGCACUCCCCUUAUUUUAUUUUUUUUCUUUCAUAUAACAUUUGUGUUGAAUAUCUUAUGUUGUACUGUAUAUAGUUUACAUCUGGUACCGCUGGCCAGGGUCAGUUUAUAUCAUUGGACAAGUUCAGAUGAUCCAGGUAGAGAAUUUUUCCAUCAUUUGUCCCACUCACUUAGCCCAUUGUCUUGUGAUAACAUGAACAUUACUCAAUCCUGGAGUUUAAAAACUUGGUCUAUAAUACCAACAAUUGAAAUGUCCUAGACAUUUCUGGUUGAUAUGAAAAGUGGGGGUUACUAAUUGACACAUAUUGAAUUUACAGGUAUUUUUUGUUACUGGAACCACAUGAUACAUUUUUAGGGCAGCAUUUUUUUUCUAUUUGUCCAAUGUCCACCUUUCUCCCACAAUUGACCUGUAGUUUAUACAUUAAAAAUAUUUCUCUGAGAUGAGGCAUGGUGUACAGAAAUAGUGGAUUGGCAUGUGCAAAGCAUUGAAAAAGGGUGUAAGAUGGAAUGUCAGUGUACCUGUAAUGGAUGAUAGCAUGUCCUUUUUAUGAUAAGCACUGCUACCCACUUUGCUUACUGAGGUCGUUUGUUUAGGAGACUAAAGUUGAGAAAAGUCCUGAAAGCAUAUAAAGGAUCCAUAGGAAGAAGUCAAUUUGUUAAUGAGAUGUACUUUUUUUAAGUAAGAGGAUAUCAGAAUUGCAAUUAAUUUUUUUUUUUUUUUUUUUUUUU